GUUGGGCUGCUGCUCAGACGUGCUCGGGCGUUGGCCUUGGCUGUCAGUGUGUGGUUGCAUGUGCGUGUGUGUAGAACCAUCUAGCAAGGAAACACGAAGGAAGCGAGCGAGCGUUGAACUGUCAAAUCUCGGACUUCAAGGGCGGCGCUCCCAGCAGACAAGGAAACCUGCGACGUCUACGCAGGGAAAGAGUACCUAUAUCCUGAGUGGCUGUACUCGGUCAAUACCCGACAGGCGCUAGUGCCCCUUAUAUUGUGCCAACAUGGUCAGAGUACAUCAGCCACCAGGUGGGGAGACCAAACUCACCAGUGAUAAUACCACACCUGAACACCAUGCUGUUAGGGUCCUGAAGCCUCCAGGUGGUGGAUCAUCCAUCAGUUUUGGAGAAGAUAGCGAUGAUUACAUGAAGCCCAAGGCGAAGCCUACACCUGCCGAGGAAGUUCCAAAGGAGGAACCGGAGCAAGCUCCUAAGCUUGAAACUAAUGGUAUGGAAAACCCUGAGAAAGAUGGGGCUGCUGUCACCAAGGAAAGUAAUCCUAUCAAUGCCACCAAUGGUUCCACCACAAGUGGGUCUUCCACUCCCACAUCUAGAGUAGAUACUCAAUCCCGUCUCUUUGGAGAAGAGCCGCCAAAGGAGGCACAGUGCCGCCGAGUUCGAGAUCAUCAACGCAGCAACAUCUUUGGGGCAGAGGUGAACACGAAUCCCAAUGGAACACCCAACGGCUCUCCUAGGGCAGCUGGAAACCCUGUCUCUUCAGAGACUCCUGAGAACAAGACCACAGAGCAGCCACAGCCGCAGCAGAAACAGCGUAUCCCUCCAGGUGGUUUCUCCACCAAACUCUGGUAGAUGGGCAUCCCUGGACCUGGAAAGCACUAACUCCACUAAGGCUCUUCGUAGCAGGCAUUAACCUCUCAAAGGAUCAUGAAUAUCUAGGGGAUGCUAACCUUGAAAUUGAACUAGCAUGUAGAAAAGCUGUUCGCAGUCUCAUAGCACAUUAGAUUGAUUGAUUAGUUAAUUUUUUUAACUUUUUGUAAACGAGUUCCAAAUAUUUGCAAAGCCAAUGGCAGGUACUAAGUGUGGAGACUAAUGAGCAAGUAAGCAUAAUGUCAUAACCCUAACUUGAGGAGCUUUGCAUCAUCAAGGAUCAUUAGCAACAAGUUCAUCUUAGUUGUGUAGGUUAUUUGUUAAUCAGUUCAGAUUAAACUCCUUAAUAUUUCAUAACCAUUGUGUGUGUACUAAAAUAAUGCAUAAUACAUUUGGUUCAUAGAUAUAUUUUACUAUCUUUUUAGUUUUAAUCUAAUCUGCAACUCAUUGCCAGAGAAAGCCAACACUGAUCAGCUUGCCUAUUUUAUAUUGUGGUAAGGGUUUUGUGCUUCUGCCUUCUUGCCUCUCAACAUUUUUUAUAUGAAUUCCAAAUAUAUAGCUAGCAUCUGCAAUUUGGAGAAACCGAUUAAAUGUUAAAUUUCAGCCAUUUGAAAGUUGCUCAACUAUAUUGUAUGAAGAAAAUUCAUCUUGGUGUGGAAGCUGUCAUAAAGCUUUACAAUGUGUUAACAAGGAAAGCAAUAGGAUUCAUCAUGCCCAUUCCACUUAGUUUUUAAGAAAAUUUACUCUUAAAAUCCUAAAAAUAUCUUGGAGUAAAUAUGAGUUUGUGAUACACUUCCAUCUAUCAUUCUAAUUUCUAUGAAAGGUAUAUAUUGUCAUCAUUAUUAGAAUUUGGAGAAACAAUACAGCAAUUCCUGCAGAAUGCUCUUAUUUAUGAUGAUUUUUUUAUAUUCCCUUUUAUGAUUACAUUCUAUUAGCAAAUUCCAUCAAGUCUGUGAUAUUUUUUUUUAUGUUACUGGAAGGAUUAGUAUGUAUGUAAUUCACCCAUUUAAUGUGACAUUAGGAGACCUUUAAGGAGAUGAAAUGUAACUAUGGGGAACUCUAAUAAAAUAAAUUAUAAUGCGUAAUCUGGCUCAUGCAGAAAGAAGCCAUUUGUAAUAAUUUCAAUAAACGGAAUCACUCAC